UUACUGAACAUUUCCAGAUGUUUGGUUUAUAAAUUAGGGUUUGAGAAAUAAAUUUUGUAGGGAUCUAAAGCAUUUUCAUUAGCGAAAAAAGGAAAUUUAAAUUUCAGGGGGAAGUGAGGGGUAACGAUCUAACGAUGUCGUAUCUGCUACCACACCUGAACACGGGAUGGGCUGUAGAUCAGGCCAUCCUGGCGGAAGAAGAGCGUCUCGUGGUCAUCCGAUUCGGCCACGACUGGGAUGAAACUUGCAUGCAGAUGGAUGAGGUGCUUGCUUCGGUUGCUGAAACAAUAAAGAACUUUGCUGUGAUUUAUCUUGUGGACAUAACGGAAGUACCUGAUUUUAACACAAUGUAUGAGCUGUACGAUCCAUCCACAGUCAUGUUCUUCUUCAGAAACAAACACAUCAUGAUUGACCUUGGCACUGGAAAUAACAACAAGAUUAACUGGGCUCUUAAGGACAAGCAGGAGUUCAUAGACAUUGUUGAGACUGUAUAUCGUGGGGCAAGGAAGGGUCGUGGUCUGGUAAUUGCUCCUAAAGAUUACUCUACCAAGUAUCGCUACUGAGUAUUCUUGCAAGCAAUUGUUUAAUCAGGAAGAUUUCUGAACAUCUUCUGCAAAUUUGAUGCAGACUAUUUCAUUAGAAAUUAUUUUGAUGCUUAUAUGAAUGUGAAGGAUACUCGACCUUUAGCAAUAUUUGAGAUGAAAGUUUCAAACAUAUAUUUAUGUAUUUGUGAUGCGUGUUUACCCAAAGCAUCUUGCACUUUAGACACUUGAGUGCUGCAUCGCUACCAAACUAUGGUAUGGUUAAAUGUUGGUUCUGUUGUCGCUGGUGAAUAUUAGGCCGAUAGGGCCCGGUUGUAGUACAAUGUGAAAGAUAUUUUGGAGAUCA